CUUUUUGCUCUCAUUCUCGUCUCAUUCUUUAAAACCAUGCCAAGAUUUCAACUUUUUCUUUACAUCACCAUCUUUGUUCUUCUCUUGAACUCAGGCCACACAUUGUGCCGUACCAAAUCAAUCAGAGCCAAAAUCUCUAAAGCCAAGCACAGGCAAUCAAAUGUGACAGAAACCCAUGUCUCGGAGCAGCAGUUCAUGCAGUGGGUCAAAUUCGUUGGUAGCCUCAAUCACUCGGUUUUCAGGUCAGCUAAGAACAAGCUUUUCCCUUCUUAUACCAUCACCGUCGACAAGAAUCCGGCCGCCGGAGACUUCACCACUAUUCAGGGCGCCAUUGAUUCUCUCCCUUCUGUUAAUCUUGUGAGAGUGGUCAUCAAAGUCCAUGCAGGGGUUUACACGGAGAAGGUUAACAUUCCACCAUUGAAAUCCUUCAUAACCAUUGAAGGCUCAGGAGCAGAUGAAACAAUUGUUCAAUGGGGAGACACAGCUCAAACACCUGGCCCGAGAGGACAACCUAUGGGAACCUUUACUUCUGCAACUUUUGCCGUUAAUUCACCUUAUUUCAUAACCAAAAACAUAACAUUCAAGAACACAACACCAGUGCCACCACCAGGAGCAGCUGGAAAGCAAGCAGUGGCAUUUAGGAUAUCAGCGGACACAGCUACCUUUUUAGGGUGUAAAUUCCUUGGAGCUCAAGACACUCUCUAUGAUCACUUGGGCAGACAUUACUACAAAGAUUGUUACAUCGAAGGUUCGGUCGAUUUCAUCUUCGGCAACGGUCUCUCCCUCUUCGAGGGAUGUCACGUGCAUGCAGUGGCAACACUAACAGGGGCAGUAACAGCUCAAGGAAGAGCGAGUAUCUUAGAUGACACGGGCUUCUCUUUCGUGAACUGUAAGGUCACGGGGUCAGGGGCACUGUACCUCGGGAGGGCAUGGGGUCCUUUCUCCAGGGUGGUCUUUGCUUACACUUAUAUGGAUAAUAUUAUCAUUCCCAAGGGCUGGUAUAACUGGGGCGACCCUGCUCGUGAAACGACUGUGUUUUAUGGGCAGUACAAAUGCAUGGGACCGGGAGCAAGCUUUGCAGGAAGGGUUUCAUGGUCGAGGGAGCUUACUGAUGAAGAGGCUAAGCCUUUUAUUUCUCUUAGUUUCAUUGACGGCUCCGAAUGGAUCAAAUUGUAAUCAUUGGAGACUUCUUGGAGUUGGAUAUUGUGUAUAUUAACAAA